AUGUCUCUCUUGCAGAGUGGGCUCCUCGAUGUAACACAAUUCUACUUCAAUCAUUGGACAUCACCCGUCCUCGCCUUCGUCAUAUUUGGGCUCUUCGGGAUCACAUCGGAAGCCCGCGCAUCGUUCUGGCGCAUCAUAUGCACCGUCGGCGGCUGGUUCGGCUGGCAACCUAAGCUUCGCGUGGCGCAUAGGUUGCGUUUGCCGCUGGGAGAUAUAGAGUUCGGCGAGCGUCCUGCUGAAAACUCUAUGUCGCUUGGUCUCGAAUACGCCCACCCAUCGAACCCAAGCUACAUUGACCCCAACGCCCGCGCGCAAGGUCAGGUCCUGGAGAGCAGAGGCUCAAGAAGCGGUGAUACUAUGAGAAGUAAGUCUGAAAAGGAUGUGAGUGAGGAAGUGCACCGUUCUGCGACGUGCUCGGACGCAGAGCGCGCGGCACAGCCAUACCCGGCCGGCUCCCACGAAGGCAGCUUCGGCGACGCUUCGGUCGUGGUGUAG